AUGGCCGCUCUAGCUUCACUUUUGCCACAGCCUGUACAUGCGCCUAUUGAAGACGAAGAGGAGGUACAGGCUCCCGUGACAACUACGCUCGCACUGGCUGUUGUUAUCCCUCCAUAUGGCCAGCGAAAGGGAUGGAGACCUUCAAAGCAGGCAGACUUUGGCGAUGGUGGCGCUUAUCCCGAGUGCCAUAUUGCACAGUACCCACUCGACUUGGGUAAAAAGAAGGCCAACCCAGGCAAUACGCUUGCAUUGCAGGUCGACUCAGAGGGCAACGUUCGGUAUGACGCAAUUGCUCACCAAGGACAUCGUGACGGCCGACGGGUGCAAUCUCAGUUCAAGGACCUUGUGCCUAUUGCCCAUCGCAACGACUUGACUGACGAGGACCGCUUGAUGGAGCGGCCAUCAGAGGAUGAAAUCAAGGCCGCCCAACCAAAGAAUGUCCCUGACUCGACUGGAAAAUCCACUUUUGUGCGGUACACUCCUUCCCAGCAGAAUGGCAAUGGCAUGAACCAACGCAUCAUCAAAAUCACAGAGUCCCCUCCUCCUGUCUUGCGUAGUCCGCCGCGCAAGGCCACCGCUGCGGAGCAAAAGGAGUGGAUGAUUCCUCCCUGUAUCUCCAAUUGGAAGAACAACAAGGGUUUCACCAUCCCUCUGGACAAGCGUCUUGCCGCCGACGGUCGUGGUCUACAAGAUGUUCAUAUCAAUGACAACUUCGCCAAAUUCUCAGAGUCCUUGUUCAUCGCUGAUCGUCACGCCCGAGAGGAAGUUCGCCAACGCUCUCUGAUGCAGCAAAAGAUUGUCGAAAAAGAAAAGGCUGCCAAGGAGGAGCAACUUCGCGAGAUGGCCCAACGUGCACGUGCCGAGCGUGGUGGUCUCGUCGCUCCUUCUGCUGGCGGUAGUGGGUCUGCAACAGCGGCCAAGGCCAAUAUGUCAGGCGCAUUGGCCGGCUAUGGCUCGGGCAGCGACGAGAGUGGCUCUGGCUCCGAGGAUGAGGACGAGGGUGAAGAUGAAGAGGCCGCUCGUGUACGUGAUGAGAUGCGUCGUGAGAAGAGGCAAGAGCGUGAACGUGAAAUGCGCAUGAACAAUAUGGGCACUGAACAACGAGCCAAACAACUUGCCCGGCAAGUACCAUCUAUAUAUCCAUAUGACUGCGUCGCACUUGGUCUGGCCAAGCCAACAUUGAGCAAAGAAUCCAUGCUGGACUCUCGGUUGUUCAACCAACAAUCCCUGUCCAACUCGUUUGCCGACGACGAUUCGUACAAUCUCUACGAUAAACCUCUCUUCCACGGUUCUUCCGCAGCUGCCGCAAUCUACAAGUCCCGGGGCAACAUCGAUGCAGGAGACGAUUCGGCGUUUGGGGGUGCACGCGAACAAGAGGUCAGAGAGGGCCCGGUCAUGUUCGAAAAAGAUACAGCUGGCGCGGAUGUGUUUGGUGUGGACCAGUUCUUGGAUGCUGCAAAGCGCGGUGAGAAACGUGGGCUAGAUACGAAUGUCGGAGGGUCUCGAAAGAAGCAGCAGCUAGAGCGAGCAGAAGAAGAGUGA